CCUAGUCAUUUCGUGGGAUGUGUGGUGGAUCAUCGAACCGGAACUUGAAUCAGGAUAAAUAAAUUAUAUUCAAGUGAGGCUGUGAAUAUUCUGCCAUCUGGAAGAUGGCUCUCUGCAAGGCGUACAUCUCACUGGCAGUAGUGAUCUCUGCCGCAAGCGCCAACUUCCAUUAUCAACAUUACAAGACAUUCAGUUUCCAUGGGAACGCGCACGGCGACACACACCAGAAGCCAUGGUUCUUCACAGACUACACUAACCCAUACAGUCAGGCGUCUUCCGAAGUAGUACCAAAUUACGAAGAGCAUAAUCAGGGUGGUUAUGUUGGGCAGGAGGCAGGACAACAUGCGCAUUAUGAAAAUCCAACUGAAGCUCUGUUCGCAGCAAGUACCAAGAAAGUCCCUCAAGAAGAUAAGAACUUUAAAAAAGCUAUUUCACCCUUCUAUACCAUAACUGACAAGGACAAUGAAAAGUAUAAGGAGCUUGUAUUGAAAUCGGGUGUGCCCUUCUGUCAGGAGAUAAAAACAGUGCCGGCAACAGGAAACAAGCGUCAUAGACGGAAUGCCAUGACGUGCUACAAGUGUAAGGACCCAAAGAAUGGCGCCACCUAUGAACACUGUUCGUACGUGUCUCAGCCUCAGGCUACUAGCAGACUAGAUAAAUAUGUCGAGAUACCAUCGAACUUCAGAUAUAGGAGAUCCAACGCUAAUGCAGAGUCCGCGAACGUAGAGGAGAAACACCAGCAAUUGCCGAUCACGGGUAUUGAUGGGAAGCUCAGUGAACCGUUUAUGUUUGGCGAGGAGUUCUUCACGCCUGAGGCAACUGAUGAGAUGCCAGUUGAAUACAAGAAACAGGUUGAGAAUUGCGAAAAGGUCAUUAAGGAUUCUAUGAUCUGCAUGAUCUGCAAGGAUCCAAAAACUAAUGGAAAGUACGAGCAGUGUUCGUACAUUGCUCAGCCCAAUGAGAAAGCCUACUCGUACAUUAAGUCAAGCUCUUUUGGAAAUCCUCAGACACUAGAGAAACCAGAUAAGGCUGAAAAGACGUCUAGCACUAAAAAUAACAAUUAUGAAACCCAUGGUGGUGCACAGAGUUCCUCACCUCGUGCAGGAGAAUCAUCUACAGAAAAUGCGGGAUACAGCUCACCUAGUGCUGCGCAGGAAGAAAAAAGAACCUAUCCAGGGAAUGACUACUAUGAUUAUAGUGCCAAUAAUCAGCAAUCACAUAAGAAAGACGAUGAUGAAGGUUCUGCAGAGAGUGCGAGUACUGCAGGUUGCACGAAGGUUGUCAAGGAUUCAAUGACUUGUACCAUCUGCAAGGAUCCAAAAACUGGUGGCAAUUACGAGCAAUGUUCGUACAGUCAUAAACCAAAUGACAAGGUUUAUCAAUUUACUAGGUCUAAGACCUUUGCCUUUCCUCAUGCCGAAAACGAUGGUAAGAAUAAACCAGAGGAAAGUAGGACUGCACCUAGUAAAUCAUCUGCAUACAGUGAUGACACUCCAAGUUAUGAGGGUUAUGGAAGUCAUAAAGAAUCUUCAGAAAAGCCAAGCAGUAAUUACAAACGGGGUGGUUCAAAUUCAGGGUAUGACAGCUAUGAUAGUGAUCUUUAUGGGCCAUCCAGUCAAGAAUACGUUCAGUCAGAGUCUGAGAAAAUUGCCGCAAAGACGAAGAAGGGUAAUGACUGUAAGGAAGUAACGAAGGACUCGAUGACUUGUACUGUUUGCACUGAUCCAAAAACUGGCGGUAAUUUCGAACAAUGUUCAUACGCGUACAAACCGAAGGAUAAAGUUUUCUCUUUCACCAAAGCAGCCUCCUUCGGCAGCCCUACGGACACUGGGGACAAAAACUCUUACGCUGAAGGAGAGUCUUCUCCUCAUACUUCAUACAUUCCUAGUUUCUCAGAUGUUAGUGGUUACGGCUUUACAACGGAUGAUAAGCCCUACGUUGCUGAGAAUACCGAAGACAAACCUAAACGCUCUGAGCAACUAACAAGUAAUAACGAGGAGAAACAAAAUGCCGCAGAAAAAUCUUCAGAACAUUCAAUUCCCGGAUACUACGAUACUGCCCUUAAGAAGGCGGAAAUUGAAAAAUACAUGCAAGAGUUCCAGAAGGAAGACCGGUCCAAGUGUAAGAAGAUAAUGAGAGAUCAGAUGACCUGUUAUCAAUGCACAGAUGAAAAUAACUUCCAAAAAGAAGAAUGCAUGUUCGUCGCUGCGCCGCAAGCUUCUAAUAAUAAAUUGACUUAUCAGGAAGUAAAGGAAUUCAAAAUGGAUCCUAUCAAGGAGGACGUAAAGGCAGACACUUCUAAGAAGACAGAGGCCAAGUACGAUCGUCCUGAAGUCGUUCACGAAGAACCAUCAGUAUCUGCCAGUCGAAGGCAUGUUAAGAGGGAGCAGCCUGAUCACGAUGAAGAUGAUUCAGAUGAUGAAAAGGAGGACGUUAAGGAAGAAGAUAACGAAGAAGAAGAGGAAGAACAAAAAGAAGCUGAUCCUUAUGAUUAUAAAGCUGUUACUAAACCAAGGUAUGACAAGAAGUUGGGUGUGACACUUCCGGAGUAUAUGUUGACAACUUCAGAGCAUGAGGCAGAAUUCGACGAAAUCGUAGCUGCGGGCAGAAUUUAAUUUAGAAUCACGUGGAAUGGAAAGAAGUACGAAAUAAUUGAUUCUCCGUGAAUAUUUGUACGUCACAAUAGCACGGAUAUUAGCUACUAAAAAUUCCUUUGGCAAAAUUGCAAUAAAGAUGAGUCUACAUGAUUUGAAGGUGGCAAUUGUGCUUAAUAUUGGAAAGACUUUUGAAAGUUUUCGGCUUUUAUUGCAGGUCCUUGGAAAACUCGUCGUAAAAAAACAUGGCCGUGUUCGUUUCUAGAGGGAAGAGAUCUGUACUCAGAGGCAAUAAAAAUGUAACGCGUACAAAUGCACCCGCUAUUGUUAUUUAGUGUUUAAAUCUGUUGUAAUUAGUUGUUAUCCAAUUUUUAAUUAAAUUACUCAUUAUAUCGAUAA